AAGAAAUUGUAAAUAAGAGAAAUAAUGAAAUGAAAAGCAAUAUGAAAUGAUGCUUGGAACUAUGAUAUAAUUUGAAUUAAUACCUCAGAUCUAUGAAAUAAUGCUUGGAACUAUGAUAUAAUUUGAAUUAACACGUUGUAAAAAGGAAGGAAGCGAUGGAUUUCAGAGUGUGUUGCUUGGAAUAGUCGGUUUAACGCGCAUACGCAAUUCAGCAAAGAGAUGAAAAAGGCCGAAAGUUCCAAAGAAAACCCAAGAAAUUUUAAAUUAGUUGACCAAUAUUUGUGCAUCACAUCAGUUGAUUUUAAGAGACAAUGCCUUUUUGGAGUUGUUGAGUUAUGUAUUCUUCCACUUCAAAGCAAUCUGACCAGAUUAAAACUAAACUGCAAACAACUUCGAAUAUUUAGAAUAUGUGUUCAAGACAGCAAAGAAAACAGUGCUUGGUUUGAUGCUGGUUUCCAACUUGACGAUUUGGAAGAAAAUCUUUGCAGCCAAAGUAAAAAGAGGAAUUUAGAACACUUUGCUGCGUCACUUCAGACGGCUAUUUCCUCUGUGGAACCUGAGAAUGGUGGUGGUGAAUUAACUGUUAAAUUGCCCAAGGAAUCUCAGAAAUUCAUUUCAGAAAAGAAAACAUUUCGUUUAAGCAUCGAGUUCUCUCUGGAACAUCCAAAAGGUGGUAUUCAAUUUGUAAUGCCUGGUGGAAAUGGAAGUAUUGAAGAGAAAUCAGCUCAUAUGUUUACAUACACGCAUGGCAAUACAUCCAGGCUGUGGUUUCCAUGUGUUGACUCGUUUUCUGAAGUUUGCACAUGGAAAAUUGAUGUGACAGUAGACAAAGACUUGAUUGCUGUUUCAUGUGGCGAACUCAUUGAGCAGGUAUAUACAGCAGAUGAAAAAUACAAGACCUUCUCGUAUGUUUUGGAUGUGCCAACAGCAGCACCAAAUAUUGCGUUAGCAGUCGGUCCUUUUGAAGUCUAUAUCGAUCCUGUGAUGCCUGAAGUUACACAUUUCUGUUUACCUGGGCUGGUACCAUUGUUGAAGCAAACUACUGGAUCUCUUAACGAGGUGUUCGAAUUUUAUGAGGAGUCGAUGAGUUGUCAUUUUCCUUAUACAAGUUAUAAACAAGUCUUCGUUGAGUUUCCAUUUGAAGAAACGUCUUCUUAUGCCACACUGGCCAUUUGCAGUACAAAUUUACUUCAUUCAAGUCGGAUGAUUGAUCAAACUUUCUACACAAGGAAGACGUUGGCUCUAGCGUUAGCUCGUCAGUUUUUUGGUUGUUAUUUAUCACUCCACACCUGGUCAGAUUCAUGGCUUCAGGCCGGAAUAACAGUUUAUUUAUACGGGCUUUAUAUGAAGAAAGCAUUUGGCAAUAACGAAUAUAGGAAUUGGAUACAAGAGGAGAUGAAAAAAGUGUGUGAAUUUGAGAUUGGUGGACCUGGUUUGUUACCUCUGCACAGCAAAUACUCAUCACCUUCAGAAGAACUAAGUUCGGACACUGACUCCGACACAGUCACCAAUGCAUGUUAUCAACCAAGUUUCAUUCAUAUGCAUCCACAUUUGACAUCGUCCAAGCAACUUCAAGCUAUGUGCAGUAAAGCACAUUUGGUAUUGAGAUUGAUUGAAAUGCGAAUUGGACAGGAGCCAUUACUUCAAGUUUUUAAUAAACUUCUCUCACUCGCAAAAUCUGCCGUGAAAUCAAAAGAUAUAAAUUCCUGGAGAAACAUGCUGCUGUCCACGACAGGGUUUCUCCGUUCCAUCUCCAUUGUCUCUGGGAAAGACCUCAACGUUUUUGUUGAGCAGUGGAUAUACAGGUCAGGAGUGGUGUCAUUUUCGGGUCGGUUUGUGUUUAAUCGUAAACGUAAUAUUGUGGAGUUGGAUUUGGUACAAGAUUUAAGAAAAGGAACGUUUAAAUACAUGGGUCCACUCACUGUUUGUAUCCAAGAAUUAGAUGGAUCCUUCAAACAUACGGUGCAAAUUGAAGAUAGUUCAAGUCAUCAUGAGUUACAGUGUCACUCCAAGAGCAGAAGAAACAAGCGAAAAAAGAUCCCAUUGAUGACUGGGGAAGAAGUUGACAUAGAUCUUGAUUCCAUGGACUCCGAUUCUCCUGUUCUGUGGAUUCGUAUCGAUCCUGAGGUGAAUCUUAUUCGUCAAGUGUUGUUUAAGCAAUCUGACUUCAUGUGGCAUUUCCAAUUGAGGCAUGAAAGAGACGUGAUUGCUCAGGCGGAGGCUCUUGAGAACUUGAUGAAUUUUCCCAUACAUCAAACUAUGAUGGCAUUUAUAGAUAUAGCAAAACAGAAAGAAUGUUUCUACAGAGUUCGUUUGGAUGCGAUAAGGCGACUUGCUAAGUUACAAAAUGAAACUGGAGAAGCCUGGAACAUUCACUUGUCUUUAAUAGCAAUAUUUCAAGACCUGUUUGGAUCACAAACUUGCUCAACAAUUGUUAGAUAUAACGAUUUUUCGAAUUUUAUCGACUAUUUUGUACAGAGGGCUUUAGUCUCAUCGAUUGGAUUUUGUAGAGACACGCGAUCACAAUGUCCAAAACCUGUCCUGCAGUUUCUUCUCGAUCUUCUAAAAUAUAAUGACAAUAGAUUAAACCAGUAUUCUGAUAGUGAUUAUGUGAGCGACAUUCUAAAUGGUUUGUUCAAUACCAUCACACCAACGGUACCCAUUGUUAUGACAAACAGUGAAGGUAAACAAAUCUUAAAGCUUUCUGAAGAAUGCAAGGUUAUCCUGGCAGAAAUCACAAAAUAUUUGAACUUGGAGAAGCUCCUUCCUUCGUAUAAAUAUGUGGUAACAUCAAGUUGCUUGAAAGGUUUACGACUACUUCAGAUCAAUGGCCACGUUCCAUCCGAUCCUGAUGUGUUCAAGUAUUUUGCCAAAAUUGGUCAUUUUGAAAAUGUUCGACUGACAGCUAUUGAAUGUUUAGUUGGUAUUAUUAAAGCUGAUUGUAACGGGGAUGUACUGGAAUUGUUGUUUACUAUGGCAAACAAGGAUCCUUCAUCUUACAUACGGCAUUCCAUUGUGAGAAUGUUAAUUGAGAAUCCGCCAUUUACAAGAAAGUCGGACUCCCAACUGGAUAAUUUGGAUCUUGUGAACAAAAUAUGGAGCUAUGCAAGCAAAUGUUCAUUAGAUUCUCGCUUAAGGUGUGAUUUUAUGGAUCUUUAUAACACCUUGUGGGGGAGAGUUUCUCCAGGAUGUGUUCCAACACAAGGAAUGGGAGUUCUUAUUGAUUUAAAAGAAAAAAAGAUUACAAACUUCUCUUCGCUUUCACCCAUGAAAGGCCAGGAUUUUGAGCUCAAGAAAGAAAUUUCCAAAGAAACGAGUAUAAAAGAUAUGGAAGUUGAUAAAGAUGCGUCUAUGAAAGAGAGUUUUUUAAAUGCUUCACAGUCCGACGAGUCGCAUUUAUCUGGUAGUCAAAAACUUAAAUUGAAGAUAAAGCUUGGCGAGGAAGAAGACGCUCCCCCGACCAGUGUGUCCAAAGCUGAUGAAGAGAGUCUCGGGAAAGUUAACAGUGAUGUCCUCGAACAUGAUAAGAAAAAACACAAAAAGAAGAAAAAGAAAAAGCACAAGGAUGAGCAACCACCGUUGGGAACUAAGAAAUUACAGCAGUGAUUUAGUAUGCUCGACUUUUUUUAUUCGACAAAUGGUUGACACACUUUUUAGUAUUGGUCAACCUAUCCUUUUCAGUUCUGGUGUAGUAUUGUAUAUAUAGUUGAUUGACUCCGGAGAGUUAUAAUGGAGGUGAGAAAUAGUGAUUCUCGGAUCAUACUUCAGAUCAUGACUCUCAAAUAAUUUGGAUUUUCACUGAUAACUCUGCAAAACUAAAUUCACGCGGUUUCAACAACGUCCAAAAUUAUAUAGAAUAUGCUAUAGCUACUUGAUACAUUUAUUAUUUUUAUGGCACCAUAUCUUCUCAGUAAACCGUAAUGAGCUACAUAUAUCAUGCCUUUUAAUCCACAAAGGUUCAAAAGAAAAGGUUCUUGAAUCAAGAUAAUUAACAAAGCUAGAUAUAUGUUUUGUUGAAAAUCCCUGGCCCAAUAACACGUCUGGACUCAUUUCUAUUGGUGUAAACAUGAUAUCGUCCCUUCUGAUUGCGGUUGGCGAAGUUGUUAUUUCUUGUGCACAUGUAGUAGUAAGUCCCGGGUGCGAACCUUAACAGAACACCAGGAUACGGAGCGAUGUUCAAGAGAGAAUCAAGUUGUGUUUUGGCAGAGUGUUACGCUGUUGUAGUAACCAGAUGAAAGCAGAUGUUCGAGGCCUAAAUGAUAUCGGCAUUUUUGAGGAGGGAUUAAAGUUCAUCAGA